GAUUGUAUUAGUCGGAUGUCACUUGUCAAGGUCAAGCCGACUGCUAUAAACAAAAAUACACAUUUUUAAUAACAAUAUUAACAAAAAUUUCAUAGAAAUGGCCCACUCGGGAGUUGUCCCUGGUGGGAAACGCAAAGAAAUUUACAAAUACGUCGCCCCAUGGCCCUUAUACAGUAUGAACUGGUCUGUUAGACCGGAUAAAAGAUUCCGACUUGCUCUUGGAAGUUUUGUUGAAGAAUAUAAUAAUAAAGUUCAAAUUGUUUCAUUGGAUGAAGACAACAGUGAAUUUUCAUCAAAGAGUACUUUUGACCAUCCAUAUCCAACAACUAAAAUUAUGUGGAUACCUGAUAGCAAAGGAAUUUUUCCCGAUUUACUAGCGACGAGUGGUGACUACUUAAGAAUAUGGAGGGCAGGUGAACCUGACACAAGACUUGAAUGUGUUUUAAACAAUAACAAAAAUUCAGAUUUUUGUGCACCUUUAACUAGUUUCGAUUGGAAUGAAGUAGAUCCCAAUUUGGUUGGUACUUCAUCUAUUGACACAACAUGCACCAUUUGGGGAUUGGAGACUGGGCAGGUAAUGGGUCGAGUUAACUUAGUCUCAGGCCAUGUUAAGACUCAGCUCAUUGCUCAUGAUAAAGAAGUUUAUGAUAUUGCAUUUUCUCGGGCAGGAGGAGGAAGAGACAUGUUUGCAUCUGUUGGAGCAGAUGGAUCAGUCAGAAUGUUUGAUUUACGACACUUAGAGCACUCUACAAUUAUUUAUGAAGAUCAUACACAUACACCACUGUUAAGGCUGGCUUGGAAUAAACAAGAUCCAAACUAUUUAGCAACAAUAGCUAUGGACGCUUGUGAAGUUAUCAUACUGGAUGUAAGAGUGCCAUGCACUCCAGUAGCCCGACUUAACAAUCAUCGUGCAUGUGUAAAUGGCAUAGCUUGGGCUCCUCACUCCAGUUGUCAUAUAUGCACAGCUGGAGACGAUCAUCAAGCUCUUAUAUGGGAUAUUCAGCAAAUGCCCAGAGCUAUCGAAGACCCAAUUUUAGCAUAUACAGCAGCAGAAGGUGAAGUUAAUCAAAUUCAAUGGGGAGCAACACAACCUGAUUGGAUUGCAAUUUGUUAUAAUAAGAGUUUGGAAAUAUUAAGGGUGUAACUUGUGACAAUGUGCUUAGAGAGAUUGCUGUUGAUUGUAUUAUGGAAGUUAAAGUGCUGUUGACAAUCUAAGUGAGUUGAACUACAUUCAACUGCAGAUUUUUAUCAACUUGUGGUACAUUUGUAUUCAACAAAACAAAACUCAUUUAAUAUUUAGAUACCAGUAUUUGGUGCUUAAUUGAGAAAAUAUAUGAACAUUAUGGUAACCUAUACUGUCAAGGUUGCACUUAAUACAAAUGUAAUUUAUACCAUUAGCUAAAGAAUCUUUUGAAUAUCAGAAAUGUAGAUUCUGUCCAAUCUUCUCCUUUUUUUUUGUUUAUUAAUUUUUGAUGGUGGGUUGGAAACCCAUAACACAUAUCAAAUUCAAAAAACACAUUCAUCCAUAAGCACCUACUCCAUAUUUAGAGUACUUCUUGAAAAAAUCAACUGGAUAUUUCUAUUAACCAUUUUAAUUUUUAAGUAUGAUAAACUCCUGAAUUCUCUUUUGAAUACAGAUCUUUUCAUCUUUUAGUUUUAUUUUAGAAGAAUAUUAUAAAGUUUUAUAUAAAUUUUUGUACACAGCAGGCCUUAUAGAUCCAUGGCUUGAAGUCUCUCUACUGCUUAUCUCAAACUCCUUUUGUUCACGGCUGCAUUGCGCCAGUUCGCUAUCCCUAACUUCUGUAAGUCUUCCUUACAUGCAUCUAUCCACCAUUCUGGCUAUAUGUCCCCACCAACGUAGUCUUUUUUCCUUACCAUAUAACUGAUCUCUACAUGAAGAUAUAACCUUUUAAUCUCUGCACUCGUUCUCUUUCUCCAAUCAUCUUGAACACUCCUCUCUCCCAUGCAUUUGGCCUGUUUACCUCUUUUUUAUUCAUGACCCAACAUUCACUACCAUAUAUCACCUUAGAUUGUAAAUUCUGAGCUUCGCUACCCUUGAGAUAUCUUUGGACCUUAAUAGGAUUCCUAGAUCACCAGCUGAUUUAUUGCCUUUGCCAAUCUUUGGUCGAUUUCUUUAAUUUCGUCUCCUUCACUUGUUACCAUCACUCCCAGGUAUUCAAACUCUUGUACUCUAUCAAACCGGAAUAUUGAAUCAUAUGCCUGUUUGAAGUCGAUAAAUAAUAGCUUCAAAUUCAGUACUGGCUCAUAGCUAUAAUUUUGUAUUGUUUUUUACACAAAAUUCAUAUAUCCACACUAAAAAUUAGUUAAAUUAUUAAUAAGGCACAAGACAGGUUUGGUAGUGUAGUUUAAUUGGUUACAUUUAAGAUUGUAGCAGCAUUUUGAAUUAUAAUAUAUGAUAUUUUGUCUAUAAUUAAGCUCGAUCUGAUGUUCCACAAACAUUGCUACAAAAAUAGUUAAAAUGGGCCAAAUUACUGUAACCAUAUAAGAAAAUAGUGUGGAAUUUGUCAUUGAAAGCACUUAUUCAAUCAUCUUAACAGAAGAUUAAAAGUUUUAAAUAUGUUAAUAUGGUCUAAACUAACUGUUUCAACAUUUGCAGCUCAAAUGGACUAUUUAUCAAAUCGUAUUCGACUCAACACCAGAAUAAUAGAAAUUUGAUGUCUUUAGCUUACAACUGAAGCUGACCAAGUCAAAAAUUAGGUAUUUGGAGUUAAUAUGACCAAAUCUUGCAUCUACCCCACGUUGUCACAAUAAUCUUGGCCAUAAUGACCAUGUCAAGAAGACCACGUUCGCAAUAUAUGACCAAAUCUGCUUGACAUAGAAAGAGUCAAAGUUAUGUAUCAGUGAUAACCUAUUGUAGAAUGUUUUGGGAAGAGUACAACAUGGCACGGUACGAAGAAAGAUCACUGCGCCACGUGCAAUCAGUUCAAAGAUGAAGCCAUUACCAAUAAAGUCUUCAAGCAGCAUGAAAGGGAUGAAGCAAAUGCUGAAAAAAUACUGAUAAAGUAUCGUGGCUAAAAAUUGAAGUUAUGCGUUAUCAAAAAAUGAAACCUGGCUGUAUCCCCUUCAAAUACAACUAUACCGACUGAUUCUCUAUGAAUUUCCGGCAGAGACAGACAUUUCAUUAAAUAAUCUACCAUUGUAAACCAGUCUGUUGUGAAAACAUCAAAUUUGUAUAAAUCAAUCCCAUUUGAUACUAAAAAGGUACCCAAAUCAUCUAAGUGCGAAAGUGAUUCAGAGAUGAAUUCUUAGUUUAGUUUUGUGUCAGAGUAAGUUAAUAAAGUUUGAUUUUGACUACCAAGUCAAGUGUGCCUAUCUUUUUACAUAGGAGAAGGUGACAAAGUUAUAUUUUUUCGGAAAGUGAAAAUAAUUACGCCUCCUAAGUAGAUUCAUUACAAAUCACUGUUUUAUAUAUUUAUAAAAAAUGCACUUGCGAAAUAGUAGUCUCUGAUUUUAUAGUUGUGUCUAAACUUCAAUUCCAAUUUAUGCAAAAUGUUUUACUUGGUCUCUUUUGGUUGUAAGCUCACAAUAUGAAAAUUUUAAUGUGAUUAUUUCAUUAUUUUCAAGAUCUUUUAGACUGGAAUUUCAAAUAAAAUAAAUUAUUUACAUGU